UUAUGGCCUCUAUUUUCAAAUAUAUAUUUGAAAGUGGCGUUUUUGAUUGUGUAUUCAUUUCAGUAAAUCGCUGUAUAAAUUUUAUAAAAUUAAAAAUUUAAAUGAUUAGAACACCUUUUUAUGGAAAACGAUGCACUUCUAAUUAGAACCAGCAUGGAUAUAAUUGAAUCUCACAUAAACACUACUCCUAUUCAUCGUUCACAGUCCUCUCUCUCAAAUGAAGGCGAUUUAUCAUUUUCAUCAUCAAUAGAUCAAGAACUGGAUGCACUUAUAUUAGGUGAUGAGCUACCUGCGUUUGAAAUUAGACUUGUUUCGCCCCUUGGACGUACACCUUCGCCAAUAGACAGCAAUGAAGAAGAUUUUCGAACACCAACUCGGCUCUCACAAUUAGAUCGUAAUUCUACCGCCAGUGAAGGCUUAAAUUCGGAUUUUGUAACUCUUGAAGAAAUCAACUCACUUAUAAGUCCCCCUGCUGAUGAUAAAGGAUGCACUGCGGAUGUAAGUCGUUGUAAUAGCCUCGAGACUAUAUUUGAAGGUGUGUUCUUAAAUACACCGCCAAAGGCAGGUAGUAUUGCACGGAAUGUCAGUACAACGCGGGAAAAUCUUUUCGAAAAAUUUAUUAUUAAUCGGAUGUUUAGUACUAAGGAAAAUCAGGUUCCAAAUAUUGGUGCAGUUAAUGCAGUUAGAAAACUAACUUUAAGUGAAGACAUUCCACAAAACAAUAUAAAGUAGAUGAAAUUAUUACUAUGUUAACCGAAGCUGUACAAAAUGAUUUUAAAAUAUAAUGCUACAUCUUUUAAAAUGUAAUAACGAAAUAAUAAAUAAUUAAUCAUAUUUUAAUACUAAAAUAUUAAACAAAAAGUUAAUAAAUGCCUUCAAUUUUAUAUUAUAUUGGUAGGUAGGCGUGCAGCCUUGUUGUCUAUCGGGCUCAAUUAGCACUUGAUGUGCCAUUAUAUAUUUAUGUAUAAAUUGUAAAUGUAAAAUGUUAUAAAAUUUGUAAACUUUGAGCCAAAUUCAGGCAAAAAACUGAUUAUUUUCUGUUCAAUACAACUGACCUUCAUCUUCCAAAGAAUGAUAUGUAUCACGAAAAAUCACUUUUUUU